GCACCGCGGCGGGCGGGGGCUCUGCCUGAGGCACGGCCUGGGCGAGGACUUGCGGGGUCUCUCUGGCCGCAGCCGGCGCCGCCUCGCCGGGCGGCAGAUGACGGGCUCGAGCGCACCUGCCGGGCUCGGCUUAAGGGCGCCUUGCGGCUGCUGCUGUCCGUGCCGCGGAGGUGGCCGGGGAAGGGGCGCGAGGGCUCCGGUAGCACCGGCCCACCUCCCGCGGCGGUGCCCGCACGGGGCGCUGGUGGCGGCGGCGGGACCGAAGGCCGGGAGAGCCCCCGCUCUGCCGUCGCCGUGUGCGCGUGGUCGGCCCGGCGGGACCCGGGCGGGACUGGGCUGCGGCACCCGCUCGGGUUCCUGCAGCUGGCAUCGCUCGCAGGAGAGGCUCGGGAGUUUAUUUCCGUUCAAGAAAUGUAAAAUCAGAUGGUCGUCAGCUACAGCAUUAUUUUACGGUACUGGUGCUAACCACUCAAUGAUGUGGCAACAUAAAGUACAAGGACAAAGAAAUUUACAUCCACCUUUAGAUAAAUUCAGAAUGUUGUGUGGCAGGAAAAAAUCUUACUUUGUUGCUGCUGUGUGCAUUAUUACUCUAACUUCAAUGGUCACAGUUUCUUAUCUUAGGUUGCAGAGACUUUCUCACCAGCCAAAAGUAAUUCAAGAAGGUAGCAAAUGUAGAGGGGAAAUUGCCAAUAGCACAAUAACACCAUUAAAAGAUAACAAAACUUUUAUUAUAUCCCCGUACUUUGAUGACAGAGAAAGCAAAGUCACUCGUGUGAUUGGGAUUGUUCACCACGAAGAUGUGAAACAACUAUACUGCUGGUUCUGCUGUCAGCCCAAUGGAAAGAUCUAUGUAUCAAAUGCAAAAAUUGAUGUUCACUCAGAUAGAUUUGGAUUCCCUUAUGGUGCAGCAGAUAUAGUUUGUUUGGAACCUGAAAACUGUGAUCCAACGCAUGUAUCAAUUCAUCCGUUUGCACAUGGAAAUAUUGACCAGCUGCCAAGGUUUGAAAUUAAAAACCGCAAGCCUGAGCCCUUUUCUGUUGACUUCACUGUGUGCAUCUCUGCCAUGUUUGGAAACUACAACAAUGUCUUGCAGUUCAUACAGAGUCUGGAAAUGUACAAGAUUCUUGGAGCACAGAAAGUGGUGAUCUAUAAGAACAACUGCAGCCAUCUGAUGGAGAAAGUCUUGAAGUUUUAUAUAGAAGAAGGAACUGUAGAGAUAAUUCCCUGGCCGAUAAACUCACACCUCAAGGUUUCCUCUAAAUGGCACUUCAUGCAAGAUGGAACACACAUUGGCUACUACGGACAAAUCACAGCUCUAAAUGACUGUAUAUACCGUAACAUGCAAAGGAGCAAGUUUGUGGUUCUUAAUGAUGCUGAUGAAAUAAUUCUUCCUCUUAAGCAUCCAAACUGGAAAACAAUGAUGAGCAGCCUUCAGGAACAAAAUCCAGGGACUGGCAUUUUCCUCUUCGAGAACCAUAUCUUCCCAGAAACCAUCUCUACUCCCAUGUUCAACAUCUCGUCCUGGAAUACUGUGCCAGGUGUUAACAUAUUACAGCAUGUUCACAGAGAGCCUGACAGGAAAGAUGUAAUCAAUCCCAGGAAGAUGAUAGUUGAUCCACAAAAGGUGAUUCAGACUUCUGUCCACUCUGUCCUACAUGCCUAUGGGGACAGCGUGAAUGUUCCCAUGGAUGUUGCCCUCAUUUAUCACUGUCGGAAGCCCCUUCAAAGAGACCUCCCCAGAGAAUCCCUUGUCAGGGAUACAGCCCUGUGGAGAUACAACUCAUCAUUAAUCAUGAAUGUUAACAAGGUGCUAUCUCAAACCAUACUGUAAGUUCAAAAGGGAAACCUCGGUUCUAAGGAGGGAAAGUGGAGAGCCACCCUUACUGUGGGAAGGCAGAGGAGGUUGGUUAAAGAGCACAUCAGAAUGAUUUCCACAUGAAGGUUACAUUUUGCAGUGAUUAUUUAGGGAAUCUAUAGCAGAGCCAGGAGUCAUUUAAUCAUAUUAAAGUUCAAUGUAGAUUGCACUCUUGUAAAAUUUGUUUUCAGUUAAAAAAAUAAAUUUAAAAAAUCGGUAUUUCUCAACUGAUUCAGAUAAUGCAAAUCAGUUUUCAACUGUACUAGAAAUACAGCUAUAGUCAUUAGUAUUAAACCUAAGUUGCUUAAUUCUUGAAGUUUGUAUGUCACUGGAUACAAAAUUUGUAUGCACCGAGUAAAAGGUAAAUUACUGUGUUAGCUCUACAUUUCAACUGUAAAAAAAUUAACCCCUCAUGUUCUUGGAAAUAGUGUCUGUUAAAGUGGUGAUGUAUUGUCACACUAAACAGCUGUUGGGAGUUUUGCUGAUCCCAGUGUCUGUUCAACUGGGUUUUUGAGACAUGUAAGUUUAAGAAGAAGAGUGAUCACUCUAAUUACCCACAGCUGUUCUGAAUUACUUAAGUGGUAAGUGCUGAAUUGUGUUGGAAAGGUUUAAAACAGAGGCAAGGGAAACAGCCUGGCGUUAAAGAGACUUUUGUGAACUGAAAAGAAGCUAUUUCGAGGAGGAAAAAAAUGGAUGGCUGAACAACUAUUUAUGAAACAUGUUAGUUUGUUGGGGGGUUUUUUGGGACCUUGAAGCCUCAUAAGAAAAUGUUUCUUCAUGAAAUUUAGGCAUGAGUUGCAUUUUUUUAGUCCAUUAUGUGGUGGGUAAGUUGAAUUAUAUUGCUUCCUUGUGUAGGUGUAAGGGUACAGAAGCUGCAUCUUUUCCAACCUUUAUCUAAAAAUAGUGCCAAGUAGUUGCUAACUUCUGCUGAAGGGUCAGAUGGAAAGCAAAGCAAACAAAAAAACCUCAGUGUAGUUCCACGGUUUCAGUCAUAUAUUUUCUGUUUGAUAAGUCCCCAAAGCUGUAUGUGCUGUACUGUUGUGGCAUUGUAUUAGAACAUUCAUUUGAAGGCACAUCUGAGGGCAGUCAGUCUGACACUGGUGUCUGACAGAGGGAAGUGUGUGAGAGGUUUGCUUUUUUAUAUUUCUACACCAGUGUCACUCUUUCAUCUCUUCAUCUAUUUUGUGGUGGCACAUACCCUUAAGGAGCUCUGUCAGUACUAGAUUAGUAUUAUUAGCUAGCAGAUGUCCAAGAGGAACUUUACUUAGAGGUCUUCAAGAGACAGUCUUUAAAAAACUAUUUGCUAAUUGUGUUCAUAAUUAUUAGCUGCUAUGUUACUGGUUAAAAUUUCAUUUGUAAAACUAAAAGGGUAGAAGAGCAGCGUAGUGUGUACUGGAUGCUUGUCAUUGUGGUUUCUGCUUGCAUACUCUGGGGCAAUGUAGAAAAGGAAAAUUUAGAGUUCUGAUUUAGUUUAAACUUUUCUGCAACUUGUGAAAUACCUGUGGCAGAAUUCCUUUUCAACUACCACUUCACAGCUUUUGGCUAACUGCAGCAUUUGCUUCGGAGUGGCUGCAAUGUCUCCGAAAGUUUGUAUCAACAAACUGGCAGCUGUAUUUACAGCCCAGGUGCCUGCUGCAGGGGUACUGUCUUGCUUAGUAACAGGUCCACUUAGAAGUUUAGACUCAUGUAGUUUGCAAGGGGCAUCUGGAAGUCCAACUCAUAGCAUGGUUUGCUCAGGACUUUGUCUAGGCUGGCUGGACACACAGUCUCUCUGGGCAACCUGUUCCAGACUUAACCUAACCUCUAACAAGAGAAUUUCUCUUGUUGCAGUUUGUGACAAUUGGCCGUUGUCUUGCUGUAUGAGUCUGACUUUGUCUUCUUUUAGUUCCUUAUUAGUUAGCUGGAGACAGUAGCAGGGCCUCCCCUCCCCUUGCCCACCACCACCUUCCUUUUCCCCACCGUUCUUUCUGGAAGGCUGAACUUGGCUUUCAGUUUCUCAGUCAUCUUGUGCUCCACCCCUCUGGAUUCUGCAUCAUCAAGGUCACUAACAAAGUAGUUACCCACAUUUUCCUGUUUCACUGAUCUGGGUACAAUGACAUUUCUGGCAUGCUCCUGUUUAAUCUUUCAGUUAACACACUGUUUUACAGGUGGCUCCUUCAGAGGAAGCUGAGUUACCACACACAUCAUACACAGUGUAGUUACUCCUACAUUAAGAAUGAUGAAAACUUGGUGUCAAGACAAGUAAUUGAAAGCUUUCUACUUCAUGUAAGCUUCCUUCACUUUUGAGUGCAGUUUGACUUGAGAGUUGUGAAUUUGGGUUCAAUUUUUUAAAAUCCUUGACUACAGAAACAUUUUUCAAAGUAAAUUGGUAUGAAUAAAGGUGGAAAACUGA